AUGAAGACAACCGAAGAAAAGACAAAUUUUAGGAAUCAAUUCUUGAAAUUAGGCCAGGGGCAUAUAAUAUCAACAGAUGAAAGUAAUGAUGUGUUUUGGAGUCUGUUUUGGCUGAUGCCAACAUGUGCAAAUGAUGUUUAUGAAUUAAUCACGGUUGCGGAUAUCAAGAAAGUAAGACAGCAAAAUCUAAUGAAUAUUAUCCAAUUAACACGGAAAUUGUGUCAUAAAGUAAUUUUUAUUGCCAAAGAGUCUAAAAAAUUUGGCAACAAUAAGAAAGAAACAAUCGAAUUAUUAAACUGUGUUAGAUUCUUGAUCAAAGUAUUGCCCUUUAUUUUCGAAUUGGCAAUUUAUCCUACUGAGUUGGAAAGAGAGAUAUUUUGGAAUAACGAUUUUGAUCCAAUGCAAUUUCUACAAAGACUAGAGGCUUCAAGGAAUGAAGACGAACCAGAGGACAAUAAUAAUUGGGAAAGAGUCUUAAGUCCAGAUCAAGCAACGAACAGUAUAGCUGUAAACUUGAUGUCAAGUUUGGUGGACUUGCUAUUCAUUAGAAAUUUCACCGUGGCAUCGUCAGUAUCGAAAUCUUCUGCAACUGGUAAAGACAAUAAACUAUUACAUGUUUGGGAACCUGGUAUUGGAAGCACUUCGAAAUAUCAACAGCCAAACGUGAUGAUAGAUAGUAAUCGAACGGAAAUAUUGAAACUAUUGCUAACACUUUGUUCCAAUUCAUUGUACCAACAAGUUUCUAGUGUGACCACUCAAGGAUCAAAAUUUUUAACCCUUUUGGUUACUGUAACUCCAAAAAUUGAAUUGUUGACUUUAGUUUCUUCCCUACUAAACAUAGCAUGCAGAUCAUCAAAAUUAACAGGUUCUGAAAACGGGUUAGUAUUUGAAAAACAAGAAUAUAGUGAGACUCGUCAUUUAUGUGUAACUUACUCUAUUCAGUUACUUACUUUAAUGGUUGUCUAUCCACUACCGCAAAAAUCAGAACUAAAGUUUUUGAGUGAAGGAGGUUUAUGUUCAAAACCAUACAAUAUGGCGAGAGCCUUUAUGGGCAAAAUACAUAAGGAGAACGAGCUAUUGUUUAUUACAUCAUCGCUAAUUGAUCUUCUAAAAGUACCGCUAAUUAACGCAAAAGAUCAAGAAACAGAUACUUUUUCAUUGCUAAGGCCCGGUAGUAAUUAUAAACGCCCGUCGCUUUGGAGCUUGGAAGCUGUUAUGCUAAUAUGGGAGCUACUUCAAUCUAACAGAAAAUUUGCCGCGAUUGUGGGUAAAAAGUAUAUCUCAGAAUUGAUGAUAAUUUUGCUAUACUAUGUAUUUGCUUAUCACAAUCAGAAAACUUUCAAAAAUUUAGUUUUCCUUUGUGCAUAUUUACUUUUGUAUUUGUCCUCAGUACAACAAGAUCGAUUUUUGGAACCGUUGUUUGUGCCAUUGAACUCAGCUACAUCGUUAUUCGAAUUCUACAAUUGUUUGCCAUCAAAUUAUAAGCUAUCCAUAACGCCAGGUAAUACGAGAGAUUUUUUGGUUACUCACAUAUGUACCAUGCUUAUUAACAAUCAAGUAAACGUUUCGCUGUCUAACUACCUCCUGAACUCACUGUCUUUGUCAGAUUUGCUUAUAAAAACUUUGAUAGAAAUAUUGUACAAUUUGAUUCCAAGAGUAUCGAUUGAAGAAACUACAGGGCUUAAAACUGACAAGCUGAAAAAACUUAAUAACCCAAACCCAAGAGGAGGUCUUUCAUACCAAUCAUCAUCGCUGAUUACUCAACUAGUUGGCAUUUUGUCUAAUAAAAAAUUUUUGUUGGAAAAGUCAUUUCAUCCUGACCUUGUGGCCCUCUUAAUACGAGCAAUAUGUGCUGCUGUGACAAAAUUCCCAGUACCAUCAAGGAUGUUAUUGUUUUGCAUAUUAAAGAAUGAAAAAGUGUAUGACGAACUUUGGAAUACAAUUUUUAGCUUUAGUGGAGUGUUUUUCAGAGGCAAUUCAUUGACCAGAAUUGAAGAUGAAUCUGACGAACUACAAUCAGAGAAUACAGAGGCAGAUGCAAGCAUAGCACCCUAUGAUAGCAAAAAGGACGAGAUAUUGGAGUCAACUGUCAACCCGAUCCCUAUUCCAAUUCCAAUUCCUACUCCUACUAACAAAUAUGAAGAUGACGGAACAAUUAAAUCUACGAGUGCGGAAACGGAAAAUAUUGAAGCAUCCUUGAGGCCAAGCUUGCCUACCGGUAUGUCUUUCAAAGCUAGAGAGAAAUUGAAAAAAGAUAGUCCUUUGAAUAAAACGUGGGCAGGAAACGAUGCCUUAGCUAUAUUAUUGACUAUAGUAAUUCCUCACUUGAAAGUCGUCUUGAAUGAAGUAUGGUCUCGUGUUGAAGGCUCAAGUGUUGACAGCUAUGAAUUGGUCCAGCGCAUAGAAAAGGCGGGGUUCAGUAAAGUUUUUGAAACUAACAAAUCGCAACUUUGUUAUGACCUUUUGCCAAAUACGCCUUUGGAUCAGUUGAAAUUUAACUGGAGUCAUUUGUCCUUAGGGUGGUACAUUUCAUUAUUAUAUGGGCAGAUUUAUAAUUCUGGUGCUCAAGUGCAGAACUAUUCCGGGAAUAGCAUUCGUAGCUAUAAAAUUGUCAAAACUUUUUCAAGUGGAAUGAGUAAAUUAACCCUGAACUGGACUAGUUUUUUGAAACAAGAUCCCCAAAGGGAGCUGAAUUCUUCAGAAGCAGUAGUACCAAACAUAGAUGAGAAUUUGGUGUGGGUGAAUAAUGCAUUGUGUGAUGUAAAUACCUGGAGUGGGUCUGAAAUCAAACUCUUUAAUGUUGAAACUACAGAAGAUGGGUUUUUUGCCAAUUUGAAUUCAAGAAUCAUGUCUAAUUACACUAAAAAUGAGAAUGCUGCUCAAACUUCUGCGUACGGCUAUGCGGUGCCAUCCACUCCAGGUGGUUUAACAGACAUGUCCAGAAGAUUUAGUGAUUUUAGAAUCAAUAAUGGAAGCAACCCGAGUAUUCGAUCCAUUGGUAACUCACCAGCCCCGUCAGCGUUAUCUACUCCUGUUGAAGAAAAAGAGUUGUAUUUUUCAAAAAGAAGUUUUAGGAACUCGGUUACAAGUUUGCACUCUUUAAACAAUUUGAAUAGAAGCAGGAGCAACACUCCUCGAAACUCGAUUAGCCAAUAG